AUCGCACCGAGGAAAUCAAGAGCGAGAGUUUGAAUGGAUUCGAUAUAAAUAUUUACCCCGGCGGAGCCGCCGCUGAGCUGGCGGGAUAAACUCGCGGCAGCUGCUCUCACUCUCCUUCUCUCGCCCGCCCCUUAAAGGGUCUCAUCACUUGGCAGAGGGGAGGGAGAUCCAGAUCCCGGUUCUGGCUGCAGACUGACCCCCAAAAAAAGCAGCGCCGGGCUUGAACUUAGCGAUGGAUCUGAAGGACAGCACCAGCGAGGGCAGCAUGGGCAGCCUGCAGCCCUCCAGCAUCCAGAUCUUUGCCAACACCACCACGCUCCACGGGCUGCGCCACGUCUUCGUCUACGGCCCGGUGACCGUCCGGCGCCUGCUCUGGACCUUGGCCUUCGUGGGCUCGCUGGGGCUGCUCCUGGUGGAGAGCUCGGACAGGGUGGCUUUCUACUUCUCCUACCAGCACGUGACCAAAGUGGACGAGGUGGUGGCCAACAGCCUGGUGUUCCCCGCCGUCACCAUCUGCAACCUCAACGAGUUCCGCUUCUCCCGCCUCACCACCAACGACCUGUACCACGCCGGGGAGCUGCUGGCCCUGCUCGACGUCAACCUGCAGAUCCCCAACCCCCACCUGGCCGACCCCGCCGUGCUGGCCAUCCUGCAGGAGAAGGCCAACUUCAAGCACUACAAGCCCAAAGUGUUCAGCAUGCAGGAGUUCCUGGCGCGGGUGGGCCACGACCUGAAGGAUAUGAUGCUGUACUGCAAGUUCAAGGGGCAGGAGUGCAACCACGAGGACUUCAAAACUCUGCCACUGGAUGGGAGUAACAUGAACCACCAAACACCACAGCUAAGUGGUGUGGCCAUGCAGGGAGGAGGAGGAGGAGGAGCAUUGAACCCGAUACUUGGCACCACCCCGAGCUUGGACCAGCCAUCCCAAAGAGGGAUGUCACUCCCUGUGGGUAUCUCCACCACAGGCCUUGCCCAGGAGGUGCCACCUGCUCAGUCAGUGCCUGUAAGAAGAGGACAGUGGUUCAGGAGUGGCUGCAGCAGGAGGAGAGCACCCCCAGCACUGAAUCCCUCAUGGUCCUGUGAAGAAUCAGUUCACAGCCCGUGCUUUGAGGAGAGAACCUUAGACCCAGUUUUGGAUUGCAGACAGCACUUGGAUGCCAUCUUUCCCCCACUCCCUGAACCAGUUUUUCCUCUCUGGGUUAAAAAAUACCUAAGAGUGUCCAAUGUCAAAACUGUGGUGGCGUCUCCAGUCGUGGUGGCCUCGGGGUGA